ACAGCGACACCACCACCAAGUGUAAGAUUCCAUUCAUCUUCCUCCUCCAGCUUCAAAUUUCCACGCACAACACAGAUCCAGUCCCCCACCUUCUCUUGUCCUCUUUCUCUUCUCCUUCAUCUCUUGAAAGCCUCAAUCUUUCAUCGGAACAAUCGAAAUCCGUAACUGUUUCGUCCUAAUUCAUUGUUUCCUUUCUUUGAUUUCGCCGAGUUUCGAUCUUUGGAUAUGGAGACCGGAGGUUUUGGGGGUUGACUGGGUUGACUCGGGUUUGGACGAGUCAUGAGAUGGGUGCUUCUCUGGUUUAGCUCUUGAUUUUUUUCCGGGUUUCAAGAGUUUGAUACUGAAUUUCGAAGAUUAGGGGUAAUUGUAAAAAAUGUCAUUGAAGCAUAGAGGAUUAGAGGUGUCGGCUUCGAAGAGUGUUGUGUCCAAGAGAUGGACUUUCUUGCUUUGCAUCGGAUGUUUCUGCGCCGGAAUUCUCUUCUCGGACAGAAUGUGGCCUGAGCCUGAAGCCAGAAGUGUGCCAAGGGGCAUUGGAGCCUCGGAUGAACAGUUGCAGUUAGUAACCGAAGACCGUGAUUCAUUACGAAAGGAAGCAAGGCAUGAAUCCAAGGAUGUUUUCCAUGAAGUCUCCAAGACUCAUGAUGCUAUUCAAACGCUCGACAAGACGAUUUCCAAUUUGGAGAUGGAACUGGCUGCUGCCAAGGCUGUCCAAGAAUCUAUCAUGAAUGGUUCCCCUGUUUCCGAAGAGUUUAAGUUAACUGAAGCUGUUACCAAAAGAAAAUAUUUGAUGGUUGUCGGUAUUAAUACCGCUUUUAGUAGCAGAAAGCGUAGAGAUUCAGUCCGGGCGACCUGGAUGCCUCGAGGUGAUCAAAGAAAGAAGCUCGAGGAAGAGAAAGGAAUCGUGAUGCGUUUUGUCAUAGGCCAUAGUGCCACUUCGGGUGGGAUUCUUGAUAGGGCAAUUGAAGCGGAGGACAGGAAACAUGGCGAUUUCUUGAGGCUGGACCAUGUUGAGGGUUAUCUUGAACUGUCAGCCAAAACAAAAGCUUAUUUUACCACGGCUUUUGCGUUGUGGGAUGCAGAAUUUUACGUUAAAGUCGACGAUGACGUUCAUGUAAAUAUAGCGACGCUUGGAGCAACAUUAGCCACUCACCGAAUGAAGCCUCGGGUUUACAUCGGUUGCAUGAAAUCGGGUCCAGUUCUUGCGCAGAAGGGAGUAAGAUACCACGAACCCGAGUUCUGGAAAUUCGGGGAGGAGGGAAACAAGUACUUCCGCCAUGCCACGGGCCAGCUCUACGCCAUUUCCCGGGACUUAGCCUCUUACAUAUCGAUAAACCAGCAUGUGCUUCACAAGUACGCAAACGAGGACGUCUCGUUAGGAGCGUGGUUUAUCGGAUUGGACGUGGAGCACAUAGACGACCGCAGGCUAUGUUGCGGUACUACAGAUUGCGAGUGGAAGGCUCAAGCGGGGAAUAUGUGCGUCGCCUCAUUCGACUGGAGCUGCAGCGGAAUCUGCAGAUCCGCUGAUAGGAUGAAAGAUGUUCACAGAAGAUGCGGUGAAGGCCAUAAUGCUCUUUGGUCUUCGUCUUUCUGAUGAAAACCCUCGUCGUAUAUAUAUAUACGCAAUAUACAUCCCGACAACAAUACAUAUAUAUAUAUAUAUAUGUGUGUGUGUGUAUAUCUCUUUCAUGGAGAUGAGAAGAGUUUUUUUUUUGGUAGAGAUGGUGUAUUAUUCUUUCAUUGCUUUUGUGGAGUUGGGGCAAAUGAAAAUGCAGAUUUUAGCUGCAAAGUGACGACGACUCCAUUAACGCACUUUCAAGUGUGAUUUUGUGCUUCGAAUUCUCGGUUUUAGGGUUUUUUAAUUUUUGUUUGUUCUUCUGCAAACUUUUUAUAUGUAUGGUUAUUGACUCACCA